CUUCGGUUGGGCAACAGGAGACUUCCUCGACUGUAUAAAAUGGAAUAAAGGUGAAAACAAAAAAAAUCAGAGGAGAAAAGGAGAGAGCCGACAAAUGUGGAGGCGAAGAAGAUGAUGAAGAACAAGUAGAGAAGAAAAUCACCUCCCUUUUUCGGAGGCUAGGGCAUCCAAGCAAGUACGGCGGGGAGGUCGAUCCGGUAGAUAUUUCUAGGGUUUCUCUUUGCGAACGGGCUGUUUGUCGUGAAAAUCCAUGGAGAUCUGCGGUAGAAUUCUACGAACAGAUGCUGGAUCUGAUACAAACAUGUGGUGGUUCAGCUGAGGGUGUUUAUUUCUAAUAGCAGUUGAUAUCUGCAAGCUGUAAUGACUACGAUCUUGCCGUCCGUUAGUUCUACAGCCUCCACGCCUCAAGGAGUUCAUUCACCAAUGGGGCUUAGUGGAAGUGAAUCAUCGUCUCCUCGUUCUCAAGCCUCUACAGCCUUGCACACACCGUUUGGCCCCGAGUCUAGCAAUGGCGACGACACUGAACUGCUGUCUGUUUCUUGGAAUCAAGAUUACGGAUGCUUCUCUGCUGGCACUAACCACGGGUUCCGAAUCUAUAAUUGUGAUCCUUUCAAGGAAACAUUCAAAAGGGAUUUCAAGAACGGUGGAUUUGGAAUAGUUGAGAUGCUUUUCCGCUGCAAUAUAUUGGCACUUGUUGGUGGUGGUGAGAACCCGCAAUAUCCUCCUAAUAAAGUUAUGAUAUGGGAUGACCAUCAGAGUCGGUGCAUUGGCGAGCUUGCCUUUCGGUCUGAAGUUCGUGCUGUGAAAUUGAGACGGGACAGGAUUGUCGUGGUUCUUGAGCACAAGAUAUACGUGUAUAAUUUUUCAGAUCUAGAACUCCUGAAGCAGAUAGAGACGCUUGCUAAUCCCAGGGGCUUGUGUGUUUUGUCACAUCAGCAGAAUACAUCUGUGCUGGCUUGCCCUGGACUGCAUCGCGGGCAGGUUCGAAUUGAGCACUUUGGGUUGAAGAUGACAAAAUUCAUUAAUGCACAUGAUUCAAAUAUUGCGUGCUUCACUCUGACAAACGAUGGCCUUCUCCUUGCAACUGCUAGUACGAAGGGUACCUUGAUCAGGAUUUUCAACACGAUGGAUGGAACACGUUUGCAAGAGGUUCGUAGGGGAGUGGACAGAGCAGACAUUUACAGCAUUGCCCUUUCUCCAUCCAUUCAGUGGCUCGCUGUGUCUAGUGACAAGGGAACCGUUCAUGUAUUCGGUCUCAGGGUGAGGGUUGUGGGUGAAGAUUCUGCUACUCAUACUAAUGCUGCACAAGCACCAUUGGUUACACAUCAGAACUCUUCUUCUUCUCUUGAUGCCCUUAUUGCACCAAAUACAGGUGCAAAUCCUAGCUCAUCAUUGUCCUUCAUGAAAGGAGUCCUACCAAAAUAUUUUAGUUCAGAGUGGUCUUUUGCUCAGUUUCAUUUGCGAGAAGACACACGUUUUCUUGUUGCAUUUGGUGCUCAAAAUUCCGUGAUUGUUGUUGGCAUGGAUGGGAGCUUCUAUAGGUGCACCUUUGAUGCGGUGAACGGUGGGGAGAUGUUGCAGCAGGAGUAUUUCCGGUUUCUAAAAUCUGACAGCAAACAUAAAGGGGGCUGAUCUCUCCUUAUUCUCUGUUUCCCUUGUCUGUAAAUAUGACUAAUCUGUAAACGUGUGCAUAGUGUCACGCCAUAUUGCACCAGACAUGAAAUUAGCAUGCUUUCUCUUUUAUAUUCUCUUGGCAUUCAAUUGGGUUUUCUCCCAUUGUCUGUAAGGUUCUGAAAUGUGCGAAUGCUUCAACGCUCAUCAAGGUCAUAUAUAGUACUACAAUAUAUUCUCUGCUC